AUGACGACAAUUAGAAGAAAUAUACAUCCAAGCUGGCAACAGGAUCAAAGGCAAUCCAUGGAGCACACUUGGAGUGCAAGAAAGAAGGAAUCAGGAAGUCCUGUAAAUCAAAAUGAAAGACACGCAAGAAAUCCAAGAAUGCAAUUCCAAAACACGUAUUCUGACGAAAGAAGAAAGAACGAAAGACAAAAUGAAGAAGAGGAUCCUCACUGGCGACAGCAACAACAUUGUUAUGAAAAAAGAAGGUUUGGCAGAAGGUAUGAUGAGGAUCAAUGGGAAAGAAACCAAAAACCCCGCCCUGCAAGAUUGGAAUUUCCAAGAUUUACAGGUAAAAAUCCUAAUACCUGGCUUUUUAAGGCAAACACGUUCUUUGAAUAUUAUCGAACUCCAGUUUGGGACCGAAUUCCCAUUGCUGUAUUUCACAUGAGAGGGGAAGCUGCCAUUUGGUUUGGGAACGUUGAACGAUGGGGGUUGAUUGGCAAUUGGGAAUCAUUUGUUAGCAAAUUGAAGUACCAGUUCCGAAAGGAAAUACAAGAAGAACAGGAAGAAAUUCAAAGACUUCGUGAAGCAGAAUACCAGUUCCGGAAGGUAAUACAAGAAGUAAAGGAAAUGCAAAAAGAAGAGGAAGCAAACCAAAAAGUGCAACAACAGAUUUUACGAAGGAGGCAAAUUGAUGAGGAAUUAUGCCAGGCUAUGGAGAAAUUGCGUGAGUACUUCAGCAAAGGGGACAACUGUGUUGUGAAUUCGCAAGAUGUUACACAAGAAGAUGCAGUCGAAAUUCCUAAUUUACUGAAGAGCAAUGACCAGCAAACGGUGACCUGCAAAUUGGACUAUGUUCUUGAGCCUAUGCUAUAUAAAGAUGAAAUUCUAGGGAGAAGAGAAAUCAGGAAUUUUCAAGAACUUGAAGAAGAACAAGAAUCAGGGUAUUUUCAAGAACCUGAAAUUUUGGAGGAUGGCAUAAACAAAUUUUCUGAAAAAAGGACAAUUGGAAAGUUAGAAGAAGUUGAUGGUAAGGAAAUUCAAGAACCAAAAAAUGGGCAAAUGAAGAACGAUGAGUUUAUUGACCCAUAUCCAAAAAUCGAAACCAUGGAGUUGAAGAAGGUACAUCCAGUUCGUAAGCAGGAUGAUGAAGCUUUAAAUUUUUCCACCGAGAUUGAAGCUACGAUCUUCUUCUUUUGGGGUGGCAGAUGGAGCUUUGAUCUAGGUAAAAAAUCCUUAUUCUUUGAGUGUGGUUGCUGGAUUUUUGAGACGAAUCAAGAGCUGCGUCGGUGCUAG